UUUCAAUAAGGCUUAUAUUCUAGAGAGAGAAGUUUACAAAUCAUUCCUGUGAAAGCUUUAUCUUCUGAAGAUUUCUCGAGUUGCCUCAAGACAACAAGGGUUGGGGGAUUUUCAAGACAGCGUGAAGGACCUCAUCAUCCUCUGAAAUUCUUCCCAGGUCCUUUUUUUUUACUCAAGACAUAACAUCAGAGAUAUGAAAAAAUGGAUCUUUAUCUCAGUCCUGUUAGGAAUCUGCUCUGCAAUGCCGCUGAUGAGACAAUUGGCGGGACCAAACGUGGCAGGUGUACUCCCGCAGUAUGCUCAGGCUUAUAGCUAUGCAGAUCCGUUUAAUACAAUGUGGAUACACAACUUUCUUCCGCCACAUUCAUCUUACUAUUGGCUAAGAGGAAGACCUCAGCAACAUGAAACUCAACAGUAUGAAAUCAGCAUGCCUGUACACCCUCCUCCACUACCAUCUCAGCAGACACCCAUUCUGCUUCAGCAGCCUGAACUGCAAGAGCAACCUCUCUUCCAGCUCAUAAAUCUCAUUCCUACAAGGCAAGUCCAACUCCAGCAGUACGAUAUGCAGCCACCAUUCCAGCAGAAGCCAUUUCUGUUGCCGGAGGGAAACCAGCCAGUUGUCCAACAGCAGCCAUCAGAGAGACAACCUCAGCAGAUGCCACCCAGUUUGCAUUACAUGUCUUACAUAGCCAACCAAGGAGCAGCUCCUGCCAGACUAGGAAUAGUAAGCUCAGAAGAAAUGCCGGGUGGUGGAUUUGGCGCACCAGCCUAUCGCGCACCGGGCCCAAACCUGUUUGCCAUGGAUGCUAGAUAUGGAAACAUGCAACCGAACCUCGGUGGGCCAGGUGAUUACACUGUGGAAGACGACCAGCUUGGAAUAACAGAGCAGCCUGAAGUUCAAGGAGGAGCCAAUGCAGGAGCUAACCCUCCAGGCAAGGGGAGCAACAUCAUCCCCCUAGAUGGCAGCCAGGGUGGUGCCUUGCCCAAUGCCAACAGCAACCUGCUAAACCCCGCUGCCCAGAGCAAAGGACCAGCAGGUGGACCCCAGGCCACAGCAGCCCCUCCGGCAGCUGAAGGGCUCCCUGACAGCUUCAUGCCUUUUAAUGCUGACGCUGCCAUGCCUUUGGAACCCACCAUGUUCCCCGACACUGUGUCCACAGCCAAUGCAGGAAAUGAAGCUGGCUACCCACAAGUAGGUCAAGAUAUGUGGCAUUUCCAAGAGCCUUGAGUGCCCUUAAGGAACACAUGGCCACUUCUGCUCUCCAGGUAUUUCCUGUGCUUGAUGCCUUGGCUUAGGAGGACUAUUAAUCUUCUGCACAAUGAGCACCAAAGCAUUAAAUGUGCUAAUCAAUGUAUGCAGCUUGUGGCAGUGAUGGCGUAAUUCCCCCCCCCCCCAUGUCUUACAUUUCACGUCUGGAAAAGCAACAUAGGUGCCAGAUGAUUAAUGGCUAAAAAAUGAAUUCUGUUUCUGCUGGCAACCGCGGAGGUUCCCUUCCCUUUUGUUUAUGCCACUUUAGCUUUCAUAUGCUUUAAGCCCUCGCCUGAUUGAUAUUUUAAAGAAUGAUUAUUAUUUAUGAAACCUUUGGCAUUAGAAACCAGAAAUGCACUCAAGAUUUAUAAGCGGUUGCGUGUUAAUCUGGAGCUUACGGUUGGUGUGUGUCUCUGAUUCUGAUUAGAAGGCUCACUGUGUUGCAUUGAUUUAUGUAGGCAGCAUGUAAUAAACUUUUAUUUAGCCAUA